CUGGUCGGCGUUGAUGGAAAAAAAAAAAAAAAGAGAAAAAUGUAAUUUUAGUAGUGCAUAUAUGUUUCUAAAAGACUUUUGCUUAUAUUAGCCCAUUUCACCUUCGCAUUGUUGACAUUUGACUGAUAACAUGUCCAGCCAGAACGAGGAAGGGGGAUCAGAGGUGAAAACUGUAAAAGACAUCCUCCUGUCACCUGGAGAAAGUGAACUCAAGUUCGGUCUGUUGAUCGGCCUUCUCAAAGUGAAUCAGGUGUCGAAUAAGGAUGUCGUUGACACUGUCUUAUAUCUGCUUGUUGAUGGCGAGUUUGACAUUGAGAACAAUUUCAUUAUUCAAGAUCCGCAGAACAUUGUGCACAUGCUCAAUCUUCUCCCCAACUGUUCUCCAACACUGCAGGCUGAAAUAUGGAGUGUUUUCACUGCGAUGCUGAAGAAGAGUCGGCGCAAUCUACACGCGUGCACCGAAACCGGACUUAUUGGACGGACUCUGGACUUGCUACAUGACUGCGAUGACAUGAGUGCAGAUCUUCUGAUUGAAAUGCUUGGAGCACUUGUUAGUUACAGCAUUUCAGUAAAAGAACUAAAAUUGCUGUUUGGAUUCCUCAAAGCAAAAGAUGGAAAAUGGCAACGCCAUUCUGUGAAGCUGUUGUCUGUUCUCAGACAGAUGCCCCAGAGACAUGGGCCUGAUGAAUUCUUCAGUUUUCCUGGGAAAAAGGGAUCUCACAUCUCUCUGCCACCAAUCAAGAACUGGCCGUAUCAGAAUGGCUGGACGUUUUCAUGUUGGAUCCGACUUGACCCCGUCACCGGAGUCACUGUGGAGAGAGAGAAGCCAUAUUUAUACUGCUUCCGAACGAGCAAGGGUGUUGGUUACUCCGCUCACUUCGUUGGAGAAGCUCUGGUCAUCACCUCCAUGAAGGUCAAGGGGAAAGGCUUUCAAAACUGUGUCACCUACGAGUUUCAGCCCAGAAGGUGGUACAUGAUUACAAUAAGCCAUGUCUACAACCGAUGGAGCAGGUCUGAGGUUCGUGUGUUUGUUGAUGGCCAGCUGACGUCAUCCACUGACAUGUCCUGGCUCGUCAGUACCAGUGAUCCAUUUGACAAGUGUUACCUGGGUUCGAGCACGGACGGUGAUGUGGAUCACAUGUUCUGUGGUCAGAUGUCCACAGUGUACCUGUUUAGUGAGGCUCUCCUGCCACACCAGGUGGCCGCCAUGCACCAGCUCGGACCUGGAUACAAGAGCCAGUUCAGGUUUGAGAACGAAAACGUCACCUCAAUGUCGGAUGCCAACAAACGGCAGGUGCUGUACGAUGGCAAGUUGACCAACUCCAUCGUGUUUAUGUACAACCCGAUCGCCUGUGACAGCCAGCUGUGUCUCGAGUCGUCACCAAAAGGAAACACGUCCUAUUUUCUACAUUCCCCCCAUGCCCUGAUGACACAGGAUGUCAAGGCAGUGAUUACACAUUCCAUUCAUAGUGUUCUGCAUUCACUCGGUGGUAUCCAGAUUUUAUUCCCGUUGUUUGGUCAGCUUGAUUUACCAGUGCAGAAAGGGCCAAAUGAAGAGAGUGCUGUGGAUUAUACGACUUGUUCGUCACUGAUGGGACUUUUGUGUGAUCUGAUAGAAAGUUCUGUGACCAUACAACAACAGUUACUGCAGAACAAGGGUUUUCUUGUCAUUAGUUACCUCUUGGAAAAGUCCAACAAAGACCACAUCACCCCAUCGGUUCUGGAAGCAUUUCUCAAGCUGACUAAGUACCUGGUUCAGCUGCCUACGGGUGGAGCUCUUCUCAAGCACCUGUUUGACUACAUACUCUUCAACCCAGGGCUGUGGGUUCACACGUCCGUCGAGGUCCAGACGAAACUGUACUGCUACCUGGCCACUGAGUUCAUCAAUGAUGCUCAGAUCUACAACAACAUUCGGCGCGUCAGCGCUGUCUUACAGACGAUGCACUCUCUGAAAUUCUACUACUGGGUGGUCGACCCUCAGAAUAGAAGUGGGAUCACCCCAAAGGGCAAAGAUGGUCCACGUCCCACUCGCGAUGAGAUUGUCAAACUGAGGUCGUUCAUGUUGUUGUAUGUGAAGGAGCUCAUCAUCAAAGGGCAGGGAAUCCUGGAUGACGAGCUACAGAGCAUGCUCAACUAUCUCACCACACUUCAUGAGGAUGAUAACACGAUUGACGUGCUGGAGCUGCUGGUCCACCUGAUGGCAGAACACCCGGCCUCCAUGGUACCUUCGUUUGACAAGAAGCAAGGCAUCAGAACUGUCUUCAAGUUGUUGGCGUCGGCAAAUGAGGAUCUGAGAUUGCAUACUUUGAAGCUGAUGGGCUACUUUCUUAUGAGAAGCACGCACAAACGAAAACAAGAUGCAGUGGCACCGCAUAACCUUUUCACACUGCUUGGAGAAAGGCUGAUGUUAAAUACAAACCAUAUUACAAUGGCCACAUACAAUGUUCUCUUUGAGCUGUUAACGGAAAGGCUUUCAAUGGAUAUUUUGAGGAAAAAACGAGCGGAGCCGGAAUCACAUUACAAAAUUGAAAAUUCAGCUGUCCUGAAAGUUGUGGCAACAAUGAUACGUCAGUCAAAGCAGACUCAGGAAGUUAAGGAUGUGAAGAGAAUAUUCCUGUCGGAUCUCACCAUUCUUUGCAAUAAUAACAAGGACAACAGAAGAACUGUGCUCCAGAUGUCCGUGUGGCAGGACUGGCUGUUUUCUCUCGCCUACAUCUACCCGAAGAACGGGGAGGAAGAGAAGAUCACCGAGAUGGUGAUGGCGUUGUUCCGCAUGUUGCUGCACCACGCCAUCAAGUUUGAGUACGGCGGCUGGCGGGUCUGGAUCGACACACUGGCCAUUCUACAUUCCAAGGUUGCCUACGAAGACUUCAAGCUGCAUAUGUCGAGGAUGUACAAACAGUACGAACAACAGCGGGCUGAUGAUGUUACCGACCCCCACGAAAGACGACAACUACCCAUCAGCACCAUUUCUGGUAUAUCCGACUCACAGAUCGAUAAAAAAUCAGUGCCAAAGUCAACCGUACAGAUAUCAGAAAUAACCAAGGCUGAAACCAACACAACUAACAGCACUCACUCAGAGGAUUCGGAAACCAAGAGUUCUGAUUUGAAGAAAACAAUAGACAAAGAAGAUAAAGGAGGUGGUGAAGGUGAUGCCGAAAAGCCAGAUCACGUAGAAAAUGGGGAUAAGACUGAUGCAGAGAAGCAAGUAUGUGAUAACGGAAAUGUGAGUUCUGUAAUGGACAAGUUACGAGAGCAGUAUCCAGGAGAGGUCGUGGAUGUGUUGCGAGACAUUCUGGAUGAGGUAGUAGACAGUGUAGAAUCCGCCAUGUCAAAUGACGAUGGUGCGGAACAUGAACAACCUGCUCAAAAGACACACAACUCCGAAGAAGCAUCUAGUACGGACCAGGAGAAAAAGGCUCAAGAAGCACCGCCUACUCCGUCAGCCAAUGCUGGGACAGUCGGUGGGUCACACGCUGACAAAAGUCAUCCGUUGAACUCCACUAAAUCUGCAUCGGGUGGCGGCAAGCCAGGCGAAGAAAACCGAAAAGGUCGUACAAUAUUCAGCCCUGGUCCUAGGGCUCCACCGUUCAGAAUCCCAGAGUUCCGCUGGUCGUAUCUACAUCAGAGGUUGUUGUCAGAUCUGUUGUUUGCUGUGGAAACUGAUAUACAAGUGUGGAAAAGUCACAGCACGAAGAAUGUGAUAGACUUUGUGAAUGCUGCUGAGAACCACGUGUAUGUGGUGAAUGUCACUCACAUGAUCUCUCAGCUGGCUGACAACCUCAUCAUGUCGUGUGGGGGUCUCCUGCCGCUCCUCGCUGCCGCAACGUCGCCAAACGGUGAAAUUGAGAUUCUGGAGCCGAACCAAGGCCUGAGUAUCGAGCAGGCUGUUUCUAUCCUGCAGCGCAUCAUGUUCAUGACGGACAUCCUCGUAUUUGCCAGCUCGACUAAUUUUGCCGAGUUGGAGACCGAGAAGAACAUGCCAGCAGGAGGAAUUCUCCGACAAUGUCUGAGACUUGUUUGUACAUCAGCUGUGCGGAACUGCUUGGAAUGCAGACACAGAUAUGCUCCACGCACUCCGACAGAGUUGACUCCAGGAACAUCAGGAAGCAGCAUCAAUGGUGUAGACCCCAUUCAAUCUCUAAUAGGUGGAUCACACCCAUCAGCUAAGAACAUUGUUGAAAAUCUUUCUGGCCAAGUGUCACCCAUCAAAGAUCCGGAGAAACUGUUGCAGGAAAUGGAUGUGAAUCGUCUGAGAGCGGUUGUUUAUCGAGAUGUGGAGGAAACGAAACAAGCUCAGUUCCUAGCUUUGGCCAUUGUUUACUUUGCCUCUGUGUUGAUGGUUUCCAAGUACCGUGACAUUCUCGAGCCUCCGAGUCCUGCUGCCACGCCCACCCGGUCCGUCAUCAACUCGCCGUCAGACCAGGACCAAUCUGAUGAAUCGUCAACAGAACUAAGUGAGGAACCUGUUAAGAAUGUAAGGAGUGCUGCAGCUGUAGGGAACGGCAAUGAUGCUGCAGUUGACAGCAGCAGUGAUGAAGCGGUUGCUGAUGAGGUGGAAGUGGAGGCCGAGGUUCACAGUCCCUCAGUAGGGCAAGCUAAAGAAGAAUCUGGUUCCCAAGAGGAAUCGCAGGCUGACGAGAGCAGUGAGAAGUCUGGAGAAGUAAGUGAGGAAACUGCGAAUGACAGUGUUGAAACGUCAGAUGAAAGUAAACCAGACGAGCAAGCCUCGGAGGCAACCAAUCACAUCAAAGAAGACCAGGAUGUCAGCACUGAGGAAGAAGUGAAGUUGAAGGAGAAGGAAGAAGAGGAAAACAAAGAAUCUGCCUCACAGGAAGCAAAGACAGAGGACAGUACGAAAUCUUCUGCCGAUUCCAGUGAAAACAAAGUUGACGUCAACAUCAAGGAAGAUACCACAGCAGGAGAGGUUUCCACAGAUCAGGUUAAGCUGGAAGAGUCCAAACUCCAGGAAGUGGACCUGAACUCCCCAGUAGCGGAAGGCAAGGUGGGUGUUGUUCCCGAGCAGCGUGCAGACCCCAUGAGUAACGGAGAGCAUAUAGACAUCGGCAGCAGCAGUCUGCCCAUCUCGUCCAUCAGUGUCGCCAAUCCUGGUCCCCACGGAGACCAUGUCUCCACAACUCAAGACCUGGAGCUGAACCACAAGAUCCCCAGUCCCCUGAACCUGAUGCCCCUCCCUGGAGGAGAUGGGGGAUCACUGACUGAGCGGUUGGAGAGAGCCUUAGGGUCGGUGUCACCAUUGCUGAGAGAGGUCUUUGUGGAUUUUGCACCAUUCUUGUCCAAAACCUUGAUUGGUUCACACGGACAAGAACUGUUAAUAGGUGGCCUUGUUACCCUGAAACAAAGCACGUCAGUGGUGGAGCUGGUCAUGUUGCUGUGUUCACAGGAGUGGCAGAACUCCCUACAGAAACAUGCUGGACUCGCGUUCAUUGAACUCGUCAACGAGGGCCGAUUACUGGCUCAUGCGACUCGGGAUCACAUUGUGAGAGUGGCCAACGAAGCAGAGUUUAUUCUCAAUAGGAUGAGGGCUGAAGAUGUUCAGAAACAUGCAGAAUUUGAGUCUAUAUGUGCUCAGACCCAUGUGGACCAAAAGGAAGAAGAAAAGAUUUGUGAUCAUCUGAUAACAUCUGCCAAACGUCGUGACCAUUCACUGGCUGUUAAGCUAAGAGACAAAAUUAUCAACAUCUUGACCAAUCGCCAUGGAGCUUGGGGCGAUGUCAAUCAAAUGAGACGUGAAUUCUGGAAACUGGAUGUGUGGGAGGAUGAUUCGAGGAGAAGACGAAGGAUGGUGAGAAAUGCGCUGGGUUCGGCUCAUCCAGAGGCCACUCUGAAAGCAGCACUAGAACACGGAGCUACAGAAGAUGCCAUUAACCAGGCCCGCGAUGCCGUCCAUGCUCACCUGGCGUCCAUCAAGAGAUCACAGAAGGAAAUCACCGACUACACUGAUGAUGAACUCCUCAUGGAGGAGAAAGAGUUUGAUCAGGAGUUCUCAGGUCCAGUUGCCUUGUCCACUCCCUGUAAGCUGAUAGCUCCGGGAGUCGCAGUCAAUGGAAUUAUGUCCAUCACCAAGUCAGAGCUGUACUUCGAGAUGGAUGAAGAUGAACCAGAAAACAAGAAAAUUUGCCAAAAGGUGUUGGCUUAUGUGGAAUACCUUCAUGGCAAGUGGAACUUCAGUGAGAUACGGGCCAUCUUCUCCCGUAGAUACUUACUACAAAAUGUUGCCAUAGAAAUUUUCAUGUCCAAUAGAACUGCUGUGAUGUUUGCCUUUCCUGACCAUGCAGCCGUAAAGAAAGUGAUAAAUUCUUUACCGCGAGUUGGAGUUGGAAUUAAAUAUGGAAUGCAACAGGCUAGACGGAUGUCACAAGCUUCUGGAAAACAGCUGUACAAGUUGUCUAACAUGACACAGAAGUGGCAGAGGAGAGACAUAUCCAACUUUGACUACAUAAUGUAUCUGAACACCAUAGCUGGACGAACGUACAAUGACCUGAACCAGUACCCAGUGUUUCCGUGGGUGCUUGUCAACUACGACUCUGAGGAGCUUGACCUCAGCAUGGCCACAAACUACAGAGAUCUCUCCAAGCCGAUUGGAGCACUGAACGAAACGAGAAAAUCCUAUUUUGAAGAGCGGUACAACACCUGGGAACAUGAACAGAUUCCUCCUUUCCACUACGGAACUCAUUACUCAACCGCAGCCUUCACACUCAACUGGCUUAUACGAGUGGAGCCAUUUACAACAAUGUUUCUGAAUAUGCAAGAAGGAAAGUUUGAUCAUCCCAACCGGAUAUUCUCAUCGAUUGGGCAAUCAUGGAAGAACUGUCAGCGAGACACAUCUGAUGUCAAGGAGUUGAUCCCUGAAUUUUACACACUACCUGAGAUGUUGUCUAACAGCAACAGCUACACGUUUGGCAAGCAGGAAGAUGGUUACGUUGUGGAUGAUGUCCAGUUGCCACCAUGGGCCAAGUCACCGGAAGAUUUUGUUAGAAUACUCAGAAUGGCUUUGGAGUCAGAGUUUGUGUCAUGUCAGCUACACCACUGGAUUGACCUGAUUUUUGGAUACAAACAGAGAGGUCCCGAAGCAGUGCGAGCGACUAAUGUGUUUUACUAUCUGACUUACGAGGGCAGCGUCAACCUGGAGGCAAUGUCAGACCCAGUCAUGGCAGAGGCCAUUAAGAGCCAGAUAUGCAGUUUUGGUCAAACACCGACACAACUGUUGACCGAACCACACCCACCCCGCAGCUCUGUGAUGCACCUUCUAACAGAAAAGAUUCAGGAUCGUAAGAAUAGAAGUAUACUUAAAAAGAGUCCAAUGAUGUUCUCGCAAGUGCAAGACGAUGUGUGCAUGAUAAUGAAGUUUCUGUCCAACUCACCUGUGACUCACGUGAGCGCCAACACUCACCCUGCGUCCACGCUACCCGCCGUCAUCACCAUCACCUGCAAUCACAACUUCGCCAUCAACCGCUGGAACAACAACUACCAGCCACAGAGUGGCAGUACAAGUUUUUCAUCUGAAAAACAAGACCCACAAAACCAACCUCAGUUGCCACUAGCCAUGGAUCAGUUGCUAGUGAUGAACACUGGCCUGCAGCGCCGAUCUCUGGGAGAUAACUUCGACCAGCGGCUCACGGUUUCACAUUCCAGCUUUGUUGUAACAACAGACAACAAGUUCAUCUUUGCCUGUGGAUUCUGGGACAAAAGCUUUCGCUUGUUUCUUGCUGAUUCUGCAAAGAUUCUUCAGGUGGUAUUUGGCCAUUUUGAUGUUGUCACAUGCAUAGCGCGGUCUGAAUCCAAUGUUAACCAAGACUGUUACGUUGUGACUGGAGCCAAGGACUGCACGGUCAUGGUGUGGAUGUUCAACUCUAAAAUGCAGGCAGUCAUUGGCGACAAUGGAAGUGUAGACAACCCCACCCCUAAGUCCAACCUGACUGGUCAUCAGACGGAGGUCACCUGUGUUGCUGUCCUUGCAGAACUAGGACUUGUUCUUAGUGGAUCUAAAGACGGUCCGUGUCUUGUGCACACCCUGGGUGGAGAUCUCCUGCGAUCCCUGGAGCCCCCCGACUCGUGCUGCACCCCGUGUACCAUCCUCAUCUGUCGGGAGGCGUUCAUAAUAGUCCUCUAUGACCAGACUCGUGUGUGCAAUUUCAGCGUCAACGGCAAACUGCUCCGGUUCAUGGACCACAAAGACAACAUUCAGGCUAUGAUAAUGAGUCGAGACGGACAGUACUUGAUGUUGGGUGGAGACCCAGGCAUUGUGGAGGUGUGGCGAACUCAUGACUUCACUCUCCUGUACACAUACCCAACCUGUGACAGCAGCAUCCGAACCCUGGCUCUCACUCACGAUCACAAGUUCCUAAUUGCAGGACUGGCCACAGGCUGUUUGUUAGUGUUUAACAUAGACUUCAACAAGUGGCACCAUGAAUAUCAGGACCGGUACAAACAUUCCAGCUAGUCGCCCACAGCGCCAGUCUACUCGGCCAUUCACUGCACAGUCACCACAGGGUAUUACUGUCAUCAAUCUGUUGACUGAUAACUACUACAUCACCAAGAGACAACAUCUUUCUGAGACUCGGCCAGCUACUGCAUCACCGUGUGAUAUUUUUUGUUUUAAAGAUAGGAUAUUAUCUGGUGGACAAGGAUCAGUUGUAACCACUGACGACAUUCAGUAAAACUGGUUUUCUAGUCCUGCUGGAUAUGAGUGUUACUGUCUAUUGUUAAAGACUUAGAUUGGAAGUAAUAAUAUGUACAGAAGUUGGUGGUAAAAUUCUUAGGUUAGAGAUAUAAAGCUGAAGUUGUAACAGUUUCAAAACACGUGUGGAAUGAUCUGCAUAUGCUUAUAGAUUAGAGCUCUGUUUUUACUUAAUAAGUACACAUAAAUAUAAAUUGUGUUUAAAGAAAUGUUAUUUUACUUCAAGUACAGGGGCCUGUUUUAUUAAGCGAUCUUAGUGCUAAAAUCACCUUAAGUGCAUAAGGUAGUUAUGUACUUUAGGCUAUCUUAGUGCUAAGAUCGAUUAGUAAAACUGGGUCCAGGUCUAUAUUCACAAUUGAAUACGUUUUGAUUGAGAAAGCUGAUAUUCAUAUGUUUAGAAUUCUGGGGCCUAAUUCACUAAACUCUCGCAACUUUGCGAUCUCACAGUGCAAUGCUAAAAGACUUGCAAAGAGGAUGCUUUGUUGUCUAGCAGAGCCUAAGAGACCUUUGUGAAUUCGGCCCCUGGUUGUUAGCAAGAUGGCCUGAUUAGAAUUUUUCCACAGACAGGACAAAAUAAAGGACUGAAUCAGAUGUGUUUGGCUUCAUGUUAGGUUCUUGCAUUUAGCUCCAUUUCUUACAAACAAUAAGUCCCAGAUUAAUUCAGUAGUAGUAUACGUGUGGAUGUUCCAUCUGGAACCUUGUCAACUGCCCCAUCCCUCCCCCAAAAAACACAAACAUUUUUUAUUAAUUUUUUUUAUUUAUUAAAUAAAACUAGAUUAGUUUUGAAUAUUAGAUCAAUAAAUCCCAUCUAUAUGAUGAUUUAAUUUACAGAGGGAUAAAAGGGAGCCAUGGUGAUUUGUAUUGGCCAAUCAACUUCCACUAAACAUGUUAAUGGUUUAGAAGAGGUUUAAUUCUGCACUGUGUUUCAAGCACAUUUGUUUAAAACCAGGCAAUAAAUGUCAUAACAAAUGAAAGCAUUAUACAAUCUUAUUGAAAUUUUGAAGUGUUGGCAUUGGCUAAAUUAAAAUGUUAGCUGGUUUGAAUAAAAGUUUAUUUAGACCACGGUAUUAAUUAUAAGUAAAUUAUCUUCAUCUUACCACAAGAAAUUCAGUUUACACUGCAUGCCUCUGUUUUAAACUACCUUUUGACUCCUAUUCAAUAAAAUUAUCCCACAAGAAAUUCAGUUUACACUGCAUGCCUCUGUUUUAAACUGUACCUUUUGACUCCUAUUCAAUAAAAUUAUCCCACAAGAAAUUCAAUUGACACUGCAUGCCUCUGUUUUAAACUACCUUUUGACUCCUAUUCAAUAAAAUUAUCCAUAAAUUGUAAUACGAACUCUCUGCAUGCCUCUGUUUUAAACUCUACCUUUUAACUCCUAUUCAAUAAAAUUAUCCGUAAAUUGUAAUACGAAAUCUCUGAUUUGUGGCUAGUUUUCUGUAAAUUGGACUUUGGUUAAGUUUUUCAAGAGAUUAUCUUUUUUUUAUUUCUUUUUUUUUUAAAUGUUUUUGUUUUCUUAGUUGUUUCAUGUUGUAGCAACUAUGAAUAGUUUGUGUAAAAAGAUAGCAACUAUUUGUUAUUUAUAGUGUUUCAUGUUCACUAUUUUUACUUUCGGAGUUAAACUUUGUGCCAACUACCUGGCCUGUUUAGUAUUAUUAAUUAAAUCAUCAUUCACAAAGAGAUAUUAUUAUAAUGUUUUGGGUUUUUUGUUAAAUGUCACCAAAUACAUGUUGUGAGAAAUUGAUAAAUGAAACUUUUUACAUAUCAAGUUUGAUGAAAAUCCGUCCAUCAGUUCCAUGAUGAGAAUUUGUACCAGAGUACGUACUUAUAAUGUUCACGGUGUUGACUCUAGUUAACAUGAAAGAGUAAUCCAGAGUCCACUUGAAAAGCAUUGGACCUGGUAUAUAUACCUGUUUUAGUCCACAGUAGAUCAGUAAUAUGUUAGAUGUACGUGUACUGAGAAUCUUUACUGUUAUAUAUGUCUUUAUAACUGUCAUGUAAUGUUAUCUCUUCUUUUUUUCUUCUUCUGUUUUUCAUGUGUUAAUUUAUAACAUGUUAGUUACAUGUGUUAAUUUAGUAUCUUUGUUUGAUAUUAUCAUUUUAAUUAGCAAAGUGACAUAUUUCAUUGAAUUAUAUUAUUUAGGUAAGCUUUUUUUGUUUUAAUUUACAAAUUUACUAGAGAUAAAAAUUAGCUUGUCAUCUUGAAUUAUUUCCAAACAAAAGACCAUCAGACAGUGUAUGAAUAAUUAGGACAAUAAAAAAGCUAUUUUAUUACAAGCUUAUCAAUAAAAAUGUUUUUAAAAAUGUAUAAUACAUUUCUUUCCCAACAUUUAUACUGUGUAUGGAUAAUUAGGACCACAAUAAAGCCCUUUUAUUGCAUAGUUAUCAUUAGAAAUAUAAAAAAAGUUUAAAUGUCUAAUAGUUUUUCUCCCAGUAUUUAUACUGUGAGAAAUAUUACUACAAAAUCAUUGUGUAUUGUUCAUUUCAUAAUGAUGGUGUAAUUAGUAUGAUUAAAAUUGUGUUACAUCAGGUGAAAACUGUUAUAGUUAGUAUACCAACUGAUAGACAUCACAAAAUAUCACAGGACCACAGUCCCACCAAACAAAAGAUUAUAUAUAAUACCUUGGUAAAAUGGCGAUAUCUUUUAGUUGAUAUUCUCAAUAUUUUGCUAUCAAUUUAUCUAAGUAAGACCUAAAAUCUAAAAGCUAUGUUCGAUAGUUACUGUUGCUUGUGUAUACCGCUAAUACAGCACACCUCACCAUGAAGAAAAUUGAGGGGAGUGAUUACUUUUUCACCUAACUUAAAUCAUGGGAAGUCAUUUAAGAUAUUGCCAUAUUGAUACCAUAUAAAUUAACAUGCUUCGGUAAGCUAAUGAUUGCUCUUCUUGAACUAGUCUCAGGUGAGUGAUGGUGAGUGAGAGUGAUAGCUCCCCUUAAACGACAAGGUCUAAUACAUCAUUGUCAUAGUUUUAAUAUCUUUCCUAAUACAUUACCAGAUGCCGCUAAAGAGUCUGUGUAUUAUUAUUAUUUCAUUAUAGUUCUUAAUAGUGUAAGAUGCAGAGUAACAUAGCUAGAUCAUUUGAUCUUCGCUAGUAGAUGUAAAUAAGGUUGUUUUUGAAUGUUUCAAAUAAAACUUGUAAAGUACCAUAUGCAAUCUGUGAGUUUCAUUUCAAGUGUGUUAAAUGUUGUUAUUUAUAUAACAUAUUAAAAGCCAACCAAGAUGAAAACAGAUAUGUUAUUAUGAGUACAUGUGUGAGGAUGUAUUAGUCGUGUUAAAACAUGUACAUAGAGGCAAACUAUUUCAUGGUUGUGAUCAUAAUAGACUAACAACAAAAACUAAUGAGUUAAAAAUGACUUUUUGCAUGGUUUUCCAUUUUAUGUUUGGGUAACACACUUCUCCACUGAAACUGCCGGUAUAAUCGUAAGACUAAAAGCAACUUUUCCUGCCUUUUAAUUUUGGAAAGUUAAACCAACACAAAAUACAUUUGUGUUUGUUUUCACUUUUUACAUGCAAAUUGUAUGUUAAUAUAAAGAAAAAAAGGAAGAAAUGUUUAUGUAACAAAUAUAGUCCAUACACAAAUUCUUGUUUAUAAGUGGGAAUGGUAUCAUAAAAUAUUAAUCAAAUAUAGCAAUAAUGCACAAGUGUUUGCUGUUGUUUUGUUUUGGAAGGUUUUUUCUGUUCGUAAAUAUUUGCUAUUUAUCACUAAUUAUAUCGUGAAAACGUUUUUGCUAUUAAAUAUGUUGUGUGCUAUUUUGGUAUUAUGUUGUGUUGCUGGUGUUAGUAUGUUUUUCUAAUUUGUUUUGUUUGAUUUGUUCUGUUAUUAACAUUAUCUUAGUAUUUGACUUUAUACAGUUAUGAUAAUAUAUAAUUACCACACAUUCCUUUCAAAUUACUACCUGCUCUUCUCUGUACAUUUACCGAGUUAAUGAAAUGGGUUGAAAUUUUCUAGUUAUGCUGUAUACUAGUAUUAUGUUUAGUUAUUUUGUCUGGUAUACAUUAUGCUUAUUAUUAUUAAUUCUUAUAUUUACACCUAAAGAGAUUGUGAAUAGGUAUUUAUAAGUUUGUGUGCAUAUUUUUAUUUUUUAAAUAUAAUUCAUUAUUAUUGUAUUAUUUCAAAGAAGUUAUAGUAGGAUAAAUGUGUGUGAUCUGCCGUUUGUAUAAAACCCGAUCUAUAUUUUAAACAUGUUUCAAAAUGCAAUCUACGUGACCAGUUUCAUUUCUUAAAUUUUAUUAUUUUGUGUCUGCUUCCCCAAUAAUAAUUCAUGAUCUUGGGAUAUAUAUUACUUACCAUGGAAUUUAAGCAAUUUUUACUGAAGUCCGAAAUGUGAUGUGUUUAUUGAUCACACUCUGCUUUAUUUUUUCACUUUUCUAACAUUCCAUCAGAAACUAACGUGUAUUGUUAUUAUUAUUAAUAAUAUGUUUUCGAUACUAAUUUGAAAUCACUGUUAGUUUGUUGUUACAAAACCGUUCUUUGAUAAAUUUAGCAGUUUUCAAUGAAAUUUGUUACUCUUUGAUGUUGUUAAUAGUAUUUAUUACCAGAAAUUGUUUAUAUGUAACAACAUCCAGUAAUAUAUAUAUAUAUAUAUAUAUAACCAGAAUAUAGAUAUAGUUUUAUUUGUUUAUACUAUAGGUUUAAUUUGUGCAAAAUUGGUUGAUCAGUUUGUGCGCCAAAAUGUUGUCAGUGUAUUAAAAAAAAGUCCUGUUUUAUGUAAUAUUUGUUUCUCUUUAUCAUUUGAAACUUUCAGUGUGAUAACAGUGAGAGCACUACCAAACAUGUAAAAUGUACCAGCCAUAUAUUAAUAAUGUAGCAGAUACUCAACACUGUUAUAAUCAUUUAAUCUUUAAUAAUGGAGAGUGAUGGUGAAUUUUAAAAAAUAGUCAUCAAUUUGUUGGUAACAAUAAUGUUUGCUGUUCUUGGUGCAUUAAUGUUAUAAAACUAAUUAGCAAUAGUUUAUAAAUAUUUGUUGAAAUAUAUUUAUAAAUUGUGUGUUUUCUUGCUGUUAGCCAUUAUUUCACACAAAUUAUUUGGUUUGUAAUAAUUUAAUGUUUUAUUAUUUAUAAAGUAUUCUUAACUUGGCUUGCAACUUACUAAUGCUGUUUUAUGUGGCAUGUUGACUACAGUCGAACAGUGAAACAGUUAACAAAAAUGCUGACAGAUAUAGCCUUUAUGUAUAAACAGGUAUUAUUUAUUUAGAGGUAAGAGAUACAUUUGUGUACAGAAGGGUUAUAAAGGAACUAACGCCUGGUUUUACUAAUGUAUACUUCACAAUAUAUUACCUUUCAGAAUACCCAUUAUAUCACCACUGCAACUGUCAUGUGAUUCCUAAUUGCGGAAGUAAAAUGUUUAUACCUUUAUUUGACACAGUUAAGAAGCCUGUCAGCCUAGUUUAAUAAAUAAUAAGUCAGGCAGUUAUCAUGUCAUUGCGUGUGGUAGAGCGGUUUUAUACUUUUUGAAUUAUUCAUGCAUCUAUUAUUUUGUCGAGGGAACUUUUCUCUGAACAAAUGUUUCUGAGUAAUAUCUGCGUUAUGGUUAUACUUGCAUCUUAAACAGAAUUAUGAGCAUGGAGAUAUUUGACAUUACUUAAAUUCCCAUUGCUCCAUGGGAGAAUGAAAGAUUUUGACACAAUUCUUUUUUUCACAUUUAAUUCUUUAUUGAAGGGAAAUGGUUGUGAAACAAAGUCAUCUAUACAAGAUAGUUAUUUAAUAAUUGAUUGUGAUCAUUACUGAUGUCCAUGGAGGUAUAAACCACUUUACACACUAUGAACUGUAUAGCUUUGUUAGCUCCCACAUUCUUAUAUAUUAAGACAAAUAAUUAAAUUUAAACAAAUUGCAUGCCAUGUUAGUAAACAAAUUACUGAUCUAACAUUAACUUAUGACGUAAACAAUUAUUUUCAUAAUUUUUGACAAUAAAGAAAACAGCUGAAAUGAUAUAUUGAUGAAAGUAGUACAAAACUGAUGUUCAUGGAGUUCUAAAGGUCAUUUUGUUUAGGUCACAUCAUAUCAUUUGGACCAACACAACCAUGUAUAGCUCAAACAUGCUGUCCUGAACACACAGUUUAACUAUGUGUCCAGGGCUGUGUUUAAUGAGAGAGAAAAGUCAAUGUAAUGAGUCUGUGUGUUGGCUUUACACCUUCAUCAUUAAAACUCUUAGAUUGGAACCGGUGCUUAGCCACUAUAUUUACAUCAAAAAAAAGAAGAAAAAAGGUUAUUCAUUUUAGUGUUCUGUUCGCAAGCCAAGGCUAGUAUUUGAUACUCUAUUUGGGUAAAAAAGAAAGGUGGUCUAAACUACCAUUUUAAAGAGAACAUUUCAAAGUGAUCUUUACCAAUUUAUUUUCAAUGCAUUCCUUUUUCUUCUGUAUAUACUGUUACUGUUCCUGUGAAUGAAAUACUAGACUUUAACAAUCAUACAUUUUAUUAUAUUCUAGUUUAAGACAUUUAAGCAGCUUUUUGGUAAGAUACAUUAUUGGUGACUUUUCUGGGUUUUUUGCUGUUGUUAGAAAGCAUUCCAUGAGACGACUUGGUGGAUUGUUGUUGUAUUUGGUUUACAUGUUGAUUAGUGUGUUUUUGAGAACUGACCUUGCUGUAGAUAAAUGCCUGUGAGUGGGUGUGAUCUGGGAGUGAGCCUCGCGAUCCAGCUACCAUGUGGGCUGUAUGCAUGUCGAGGUCAUCUUGUUGAGAGAUCAUGAUUAAUUUACUCUUUGAAAGCCAUUAACCAUAAUAAAUUACUAUUAUAUCA